UUUUUUGUCAUCAUGGCGUGCGAAUUCGUAAUAUUCUAAAUUGGAUCGCGAGUGUUGUGAAGAACGCAUCUUUAUUUUGAGUGGAACUGCUCGAAAAUAUUCUCGGAAAUAUGGCUAGCGCCUUGGACUUGAAAUUGGUUUUACAUCACCUCCUGAAUGGUGAUUUAGAAGAGAAUUUGUGUCGAAUAUGUUUGCAACCUCUUCCCGAAUUGCGUGAGGAUAUUUAUACGAGAAUAUGCAAAGACGAGCAAGAAUAUUGUAUAGCCGAUGUGUUAGAGGAAAUUUGUAGUAUUAAGUUUGCAGAGACCGACAAAUACUAUGUUUGUCUGGAAUGUUUCCAAAAUGCCUCAAAUGCAUACAAAUUCUUUUUGAAAACGAAACGCAACAAUGAUAUGUUGACCUUUUAUGUAAAUGAAAUGGAGAGUAAUGUAAACUGUAUAGAAAUCCCGGAAUCAUUAAUGUCCGAGGCCCUGUGUAUAUCAUUAUCAGAGUAUGAACCGCUCACUCCAGAUUUCGAUUACAAUUUAGAUGGUGUUCUUAAAAAAGGUGCUCUUAAUAUGAAAUCCGAAUCACAAUUAGAAUCAAAGAAGGAAGUUGUAGACAAAGAUGACGAUCAUAUUGUUAUUAUAAAAAGCGAAGGUGGCUUACAAACAUAUUAUAGACCUCUCCCGGAUGGCAGUCUUGCCAUGAUAAAAAUGGAAAAACAACUGCAGGCAGAAAGGAAAAGAAAGAAACGUGAACCAAUGACAUUCAAGCAAUGCACCCGUUGUCCGAUCAAGUACCGUUUUGUGGCAAAAUUGAAAGAGCACAUGAAGAUGGAACAUGGAGUCAUUUUGCAUGCAUGCAAGAUAUGCCAAGCGCUUAUAGAAGACGAACAAGAAUACCGUCAACAUUUAAAAACGCACACAAACAUACAUCAAUGCGAUAUAUGCGACACAGUUUUCCAAAAACGUGAUAUCAUGAUUUCCCACAUCAAAUGGCAUGAGACUAACAAACAAACUGACGGCCAUGUUUGUAAGAUGUGCGGGGAGAUAACUAGCAACGAGGAGGAUUUGAGAAAUCAUUGCGACAAGAAACAUUAUAAGGGUUACACGUGUUAUUAUUGCGGGAGAAUGUAUAAAGGGAGAAUCAGUUUUGACAAACAUAUUGAAAAGCAUGAGAAGUUUAUGAAGUUGAAGGAAAUGAAACACAAAAGUCCAAGCAGCCGAGUUGCGGAGGAACCGCCGGCGCAGACAGACAGACGGUUCACGUGCGAGACUUGCGGCCGCAGCUUCCUGGGCGAGAGGGCGCUGAUGUGGCACAACAGGUUGCAUACUAAUGAGAGACCUUACACUUGUGAGACGUGCGGCCGCGGCUUUGUGUCGUGUAACCGCCGAAAUCAGCACGCGCUCUGCGCACACUCCGCGCCCACCCGCCGCUGUCCGCUAUGCCCCGCUCUAUUCCAUCUGAGGUCUAUGGUCAACACUCAUAUUAAAAAGGUGCAUCUAAAAACACACAAACGUAGACACCGUACGAUGCGCCAUCAGGAAGUCUUGUGGGAGACUGAAACUGUGCCAAUUCAGGAGUUGAGCGUGGACAUACAAGAUGACAUCCUUGAAUUGCAAGCCGCCAAGGAACUGGAUAGUGGCGUAUGCAGUAUGUAAUCAAGAAUCAAGAAAAUGAACUGAAGCUAAGAAUAUAGUAAUUUUUAUUUAUUUUUAAUGUAUUUCAAAUUAUAAUGCUAUUGUAAUAACACGAAAGAAAAAAUAUUAAAAUAUAUACCUAUAAAAAAAAUUAAUUGACAAUGUGUUUUUUUUCAUUGUGGCUUUGCUAGUAAAAA